UUCCCAACCCAAAAAAAAAAAAAAAAAUUCCGAACCGUAAUUCACCCAAGUGUAUGUCCACGUUGUCGUUGUCUUCCCCACUGCUUAUUCAUUUCCUCCCGCCAAACACAGACUCAGGCCUUGAACUCUAUCUUCAGUUCUUCACUCUCCCAAAAGCUCUACUCUCCUCUUUCUCUCUACUCUAACCAUCUUCUACUUUUCUUUGGUUCUCUAUUUUCUCCACUCUCCCCUAUUCCCUCUUGUUCCAGUUUCAAACCCUAGAAUCCCAAAUCAUCGCCACAAUGAGCUUUGCGGCCUACAAGAUGAUGCACUGGCCCACCGGCAUCGAGAACUGUGCCUCCGGCUUCAUCACUCAUUGUCGCGCGGACCUUGCCCCUCAAGUUCCUUCUAUGCAGUCCGACGAUCUCGAGUCUGAAUGGCCGGCGAAGCGAGGAAUAGGUCCCGUUCCCAACCUCAUUGUCACCGCCGGUAAUGUUCUUGAAGUUUAUGUGAUUAGAGUUCAAGAAGAGGGCACUAGAGAAUCCCGAAAUUCUCGCGAACCGAAGCGGGGAGGGGUAAUGGAUGGGGUCUCUGGUGCUUCGCUCGAGCUUGUUUGCCACUACAGGUUGCAUGGUAACGUGGAGUCAAUGGCUGUACUGCCUAUAGAAGGUGGCGAUGGUUCUAGAAGAAGAGACUCUAUUAUCUUGUCAUUUAAAGAUGCAAAGAUUUCAGUUCUUGAGUUUGAUGAUUCAAUACAUGGACUCCGUACUAGUUCUAUGCACUGUUUUGAAGGUCCAGAGUGGCUUCAUUUGAAAAGAGGUAGAGAAUCUUUUGCAAGAGGCCCAUCUGUAAAGGUUGAUCCUCAAGGCAGAUGUGGUGGUGUUCUUGUUUAUGAUCUACAGAUGAUAAUACUUAAGGCUGCCCAGGCUGCUGCUGGUUUGGUUGGAGAUGAUGAUGCUCUUGGUUCUGGAGGUGCUAUCUCUACUCGAGUCCAAUCAUCUUACAUUAUCAAUCUACGAGAUCUGGACAUGAAGCAUGUAAAAGAUUUUAUAUUUGUACAUGAAUAUAUUGAGCCUGUGGUGGUUAUCCUUCACGAGCGCGAGCUUACUUGGGCUGGGCGUGUCUCAUGGAAGCAUCAUACUUGUAUGAUUUCUGCUCUUAGUAUCAGCACAACUUUGAAGCAGCCUACCCUCAUAUGGUCAGUUGUGAAUCUUCCACAUGAUGCUUACAAGUUGCUUGCAGUGCCAUCACCAAUUGGUGGUGUUCUUGUUAUUUGUACAAACACCAUCCACUAUCACAGCGAGUCAGCCACUUGUGCAUUGUCCCUGAACAACUAUGCUGUUUCUAUUGAUAGCAGUCAAGAGUUGCCAAGAGCAAGUUUCAGUGUUGAACUUGAUGCUGCAAAGGCAACUUGGUUAUCAAAUGAUGUUGCCUUGCUGUCAACAAAAAAUGGGGAACUUUUGUUACUGACCCUUGUUUAUGAUGGAAGGGUUGUGCAGAGGCUUGAUCUUUCCAAGUCUAGAGCAUCAGUUCUUACUUCGGACAUUACUACAAUUGGGAGUUCAUUAUUUUUUCUGGGCAGUCGUCUGGGAGACAGUUUGCUUGUGCAGUUUACUUAUGGUUUGGGAUCUUCAAUGAUUUCAUCUGGUUUAAAGGAAGAGGUUGGAGAUAUUGAAGGUGAUGUACCUACUGCAAAGCGAUUGAAGAGGUCACCUUCGGAUGGUUUGCAAGAUAUGGUUAGUGGGGAGGAGCUUUCUUUGUAUGGUUCGACUGGCAACAAUACAGAAUCAACGCAGAAAACUUUCUCAUUUGCUGUGAGGGAUUCACUGAUCAAUGUUGGUCCUUUGAAAGACUUAUCCUAUGGUUUAAGGGUUAACGCUGAUGCAAAUGCAUCUGGAAUUGCUAAACAAAGCAACUAUGAACUGGUAUGCUGCUCUGGGCAUGGAAAAAAUGGUGCUCUCUGUGUUCUUCGGCAGUCAAUUCGCCCAGAAAUGAUUACAGAGGUUGACCUUCCUGGCUGUAGAGGAAUUUGGACUGUUUACCAUAAAACUGCACGUGGCCAUAGUGUUGAUACAUCUAGAAUGGCUGCAGUUGAUGAUGAAUAUCAUGCAUAUUUGAUCAUAAGCAUGGAGAAUCGCACUAUGGUGCUUGAAACUGCUGAUCAUUUGACAGAAGUCACUGAAAGUGUGGACUACUUCGUACAAGGACGAACAAUUGCUGCAGGCAAUUUGUUUGGAAGGCGUCGAGUUGUCCAAGUCUAUGAACGCGGUGCUCGAAUUCUAGAUGGUUCUUUUAUGACCCAGGAUUUAAGCUUUGGAGCCUCAAACUCUGAAUCUGGUUCUGGUUCUGACAGUUCAACAGUUUUGUCCGUUUCUAUUGCAGAUCCAUAUGUGUUAAUCAGAAUGACUGAUGGGAGUAUUCGGCUUCUUGUUGGAGAUCCUUCUACUUGCAUGGUUUCCAUAAAUACUCCAUCUGCCUUUGAAAACUCGAAGAAAUCAAUAUCUGCCUGCACACUUUAUCAUGAUAAAGGACCAGAGCCUUGGCUCCGAAAGGCGAGUACAGAUGCAUGGCUUUCUACUGGCAUUAGCGAGGCCAUAGAUGGUGCUGAUGGUGGCCCACAUGAUCAAGGAGAUAUAUAUUGUAUUCUUUGUUAUGCAACUGGUGCACUUGAAAUAUUUGAUGUGCCCAAUUUCAAUUCUGUGUUCUCAGUUGAUAAAUUUGUCUCUGGAAAAAACCAUCUUGUUGAUACGUAUGUGCGGGAAACAUCCAAAGAUUCACAGCAAAACAAAACUUCUGAAGAAGUGGCUGGCCUAGGCAGGAAAGAAAGUACUCAUAACAUGAAGGUUGUGGAGUUGGCUAUGCAGAUAUCACCUGGCCAACACUGUCGCCCAUUUCUUUUUGGUAUAUUGUCAGAUGGGACAAUCCUUUGUUACCAUGCUUACCUGUUUGAAGUUCCAGAUGGUACUUCUAAAAUAGAGGAUUCUAUUUCUACACAAAAUUCUGUUGGCCCAGGCGUCAUUAGUUCUUCAAGGCUUCGAAAUUUGCGAUUUGUUCGUGUCCCCUUGGAUAGUUACACAAGGGAGGAAACACCAAGUGAGAGCUCAUGCCAAAGGAUUACCAUUUUCAAGAACAUCAAUGGUUAUCAAGGGUUUUUCCUCUCUGGAUCGAGACCAGCUUGGUUUAUGGUGUUUAGAGAGCGAAUACGAGUUCAUCCACAGUUAUGUGAUGGCUCUAUUGUUGCAUUCACUGUUCUUCACAAUGUGAAUUGCAAUCAUGGGUUUAUUUAUGUUACUUCUCAGGGCAAUUUGAAGAUUUGUCAACUGCCAUCUGUCUCAAGUUAUGACAACUAUUGGCCAGUGCAAAAGGUUCCACUGAAGGGAACACCACAUCAAGUGACCUAUUUUGCAGAGAAGAACUUAUACCCACUUAUAGUUUCUGUUCCUGUUCACAAGCCAGUGAAUCAAGUUCUCUCAUCACUGGUUGAUCAAGAAGUUAGCCAUCAGAUUGAGAAUCAUAAUUUAAGUUCUGAUGAACUACAUCGAACCUAUAGUGUAGAAGAAUUUGAGGUUCGGAUCUUGGAACCAGAGAGAUCUGGUGGCCCUUGGCAAACUAAGGCGACAAUCCCAAUGCAAAGUUCUGAAAGUGCACUUACUGUGCGAGUAGUUACACUGUUUAACACAACCACAAAGGAGAAUGAAACGCUUUUAGCCAUUGGGACUGCUUAUGUGCAAGGGGAGGAUGUUGCAGCAAGAGGGCGUGUGCUUCUGUUUUCUGUUGGGAAAAAUCCAGAUAAUUCCCAAGUUUUGGUUUCAGAAGUCUAUUCUAAGGAAUUGAAAGGUGCUAUAUCUGCUUUGGCCUCGCUACAAGGUCAUCUGUUGAUAGCUUCUGGUCCUAAAAUUAUUUUACACAAGUGGACUGGUACAGAGUUGAAUGGUGUUGCUUUUUUUGAUGCUCCACCAUUAUAUGUUGUGAGCUUAAAUAUUGUUAAGAAUUUUAUCCUCCUGGGUGAUGUUCACAAAAGCAUAUACUUUCUUAGUUGGAAGGAGCAGGGAGCUCAACUUAGCUUAUUGGCAAAGGAUUUUGGUUCACUUGAUUGUUUCGCAACAGAGUUUUUGAUUGAUGGAAGUACACUUAGCCUUGUGGUGUCAGACGAACAAAAGAAUGCUCAGAUAUUCUAUUAUGCACCAAAGAUGUCAGAGAGCUGGAAAGGACAGAAACUGCUUUCAAGGGCUGAAUUUCAUGUUGGUGCCCAUGUGACUAAGUUCAUACGUUUACAAAUGCUUUCUACAUCUGACCGAAGCGGUACUGCACCGGGCUCUGAUAAGACCAAUCGCUUUGCUUUAUUGUUUGGUACUCUUGAUGGCAGCAUAGGCUGUAUUGCCCCUCUCGAUGAGCUCACUUUCCGGAGGUUGCAAUCACUACAGAAAAAAUUGGUCGAUGCUGUUCCCCAUGUUGCUGGUCUAAACCCAAGAUCAUUCCGCCAGUUUCGGGAAAAUGGAAGGGUUCACCGGCCUGGCCCAGAAAGCAUAGUAGACUGUGAGCUGCUUUCUCAUUAUGAGAUGCUUCCAUUGGAAGAACAACUUGAGAUUGCUCAGCAGGUUGGAACAACCCGUGCACAAAUUUUAUCAAAUUUGAAUGACCUUUCUCUGGGGACAAGUUUUUCGUGAUUCCAGCUGAUCUACCAGCAAUUCAUUAGAGGACUAUCGAGGCCCGAACAUGUUGUAAAGGCGGGGAUGAAUCAACGGCCUGAGGCUUUUAUAAGGCCAUUAAUUUAUGUUCUUGUGCUGCCGUGCAAUCCAUGACUCCGGUCCAAAGCUGCAUUGGGAUCCCCCCUUGAAAAUCCCCGCGAGGACUAGUUCGGGGUAGCAGCCUUUAUAUAUUUGUUAUAUAUUAUUGCUCUGCGGAAAGGGCCGAUUAGAUCAGCUACUUUGAGAGCUUUUUAGCUGCAAAUAUAUCAAAAGAAUAUAAGCUGCGUAAAGUUGUCUAACAUCAAGUACAUGAUAGACUAGGCUGUAAAAUUUUUUUUUUUUAUUUUAUUUUUCUGAGAAAGAUAUUUCAUGUAUUGCAAAUUCUAAAAUAUUCUUGGAAGGCUGGGUUAGACGUAUGGAUGUGGCAACCUAAAUGCUUCUGGAUUGACAAUUCGAUUGCCUUGGCUUUGAA